CAUUCUAUCAUCACACACCAUGGCAUUUAAGGUAUUUGCACUUGCCGCCCUUGUGGCCGUUGCCCUCGCCCGCCCUCAGAACGGCUAUGGCGUCCCAACGCCUUCAGGACCUGCCAAGUACGACUUCAACUACGCCGUCAACGACCCUCCAUCUGGCAACGACUUCGGCCAUCAGGAGGCCAGAGAUGGCCCUAACACUCAGGGUUCCUACUACGUCCUCCUUCCCGACGGUCGUCUGCAGAAGGUCACCUACACCGUCAACGGCGAUUCUGGUUACGUGGCCGAUGUCACCUACGAGGGUGAGGCCUCCACACCACGCCCCUAUACACCCGCCCCAGUAUGGACGGUUCCCGAUAUUACAGGUAACUGCACUCGCUACUCUUGUAGCCGUUGCCUCAGAACGGCUUUGGCAUCUUCAGGACCUGCCAAGUACGACUUCAACUACGCCGUCAACGACCCACCAUAUGAGUCAUCAGGAGGCCCGAGAUGGCUCUAA